UCUUUUCGCGCAUGCGUGUUGUUGUUAACGGGCUAGCUUGCUUAGCAAAGUAUAUUGGCUGAUUACCUCCUUGUAACCUUUACCUUACUGCCUGAGUUUAAGUCAGUAAGUUAGUCUUCUGCUACCAGUCCUUAGCUAUUCCACCAUGCUGCAGUUUCUGGCUGGCUUUACCUUGGGAAAUGUUGUGGGGAUGUACCUGGCUCAAAAUUAUGACGUGCCCAACAUAGCCAAGAAAAUCGAUGCCUUUAAAAAAGACGUGGAGGCCAAGAAGAAGCCCCCAGAGUGAGCAAAGUGGGACCAUGUUGCAAGCAAGAACGGAUGGACUCUGGAGGGAAACUAUUUAUUGUACAGGGUUAUAGUACAAAAAGCAUACAUUUGAAGUGUGAUAAUAUGUGUGAGAAUAUUAACAGUGCCUGGAACCAGAUUUCUUAGUUUUAUAGGCAUAUAGCCUGUUUUUCUAAGAUAUUUUGUGCAAAGACUGGGUUUUAAAGAACAUUACAACUAACUGGUGGGAUCACUUUAAGGCCAGUCUCAUGGCACUGUUGGAUGGCCUUUUUGGGGAUGCACUGUGGUGUUUUAAAUUGCACAUGACCAUCAUUAUUUCCACAUCAGGUGUAUAUAAUGUUCUCAAUUUAGCAUUCACAGAACAUGCAGUUGCUCUUCUGUUUUCCUUCACAAGCUUCCAACUCAUCAGUAACCGCCAAAUAUUUUAUAACAGUGUGAAAUACGAUUCUGAAGCAUUCAUAUUACAAUAAAGUUGUUGAUAAUGAGU